CCGCCGCCGCCAUGAAACAUACAGAAAAUAGAAGAACUACUCUAGCAGUAAAUCAACAAGAGACUGUCGCUUUCCCUCCACAUCCCGACUCCUUUCUUCCUACGCUUUCCCUCUGCUUGAUUGAGCAUGGCUACUUCUGGGCUGCAGGCAACGCACUCGCUGCGCUUCCUGAUCACUGGCGGUGGCCGAGGCCUGGGGCGGGGUCUGGCACGCCAGCUGGUCCAAGAGGGCCACGACGUCUUUGUUGUUGACAUUGACGCCAAGGAGCUGCAGCACACGCUCAACAAGCACCUCCCUUCCUCUUCGUCUUCUUCUUCUGCUGCUGCUGCUAGUUCUGGGCCGGGCAAGUUCGCAGGCACCGAAUGCGACGUGUCGAGCCUGGCAAGCGUGCGUGCGGCCAUUGAGCAAGCCGGCCGCUUCCACCGGGGCGGCAAGGUGGACGUCGUCGUCAACAAUGCGUCGCGCACGAAUCCCUACUGGUCUCACGGUGCUUCCACUUCGCGGCCGCACAGCGACAGCAGUGACAGAGACGGAGACGGAGACAGUGUUGGAGACGGGGGCGAGAGUAUCAUUGAGCGCGAGUGGAGGAGCUUUGUCGACACGAAUCUCACCGGCACUUUUCACGUCAGCCGGGCCUGCGUGCCCCUGCUCGACGGCGGUGUGCUCCCAUCAAUUGUCAACAUCAGCUCGACGCGGGCAAAGAUGAGCGAGCCGGACCAGGAGGGCUAUGCCAGUACCAAGGCGGGCAUCCUGGGCCUGACGCACUCGAUGGCCGCGUCGCUGGCGCCCAGGGGCAUCCGCGUCAAUGCGAUCCUGCCCGGCUGGAUCCCCUCGUCGCACGAGAGCAUCGCCGGCGACGCAAACGCGACGCCCCACAACGACGGCCUGACCACGGCUGACGAGGAGCAGCAUUGGAGUGGGGCCGUGGGCACCGUCGAGGACCUCAAGAACGCUGUCCUGUUUCUCGCCACGACGCGCUUCGCAGACGGGGCAGAGAUCCGCCUCGAUGGGGGCAUGACGAAAAAGAUGAUUUACGUAGAGGAGUAAUGGCAGCUCUCCGUACAUGUCGGGUAUGAAACUUGAGCGACUAAAGGGUGUGUAUGUGAUAAGUGUAUAUAUGUCUGUGUGAUUCAUCACUGCUUUGGCGCAGCAGCAUCUCCAACAGCGCUCUCGACGACAGCAGGAGCAGGAGCAGCGGCUGGCGCUGCCACUGUCUCCGCCUCUGCCUCUGCUGGCUUGGUCGCGCUCAUCGGCUCCGCGGCCUUGUACGCGGGGGGUGCGGCCGUCUCGUCGCCGCCCUGCGCGCCUCCUGCCGCUGCCGCCUCCGCCUUGUGCGCGUUGGAAGGAUGAUUUGGCUGGUCCUCGGGCACAAACUCGCCGUC